UGAAAAAAUUGCACGGAAAUAUUGGGAAGUGAUCUUCCAGUUUCUUUAGAAUUUGUGUAAAAGUUUUGAGUAACAGUACAGUUAUUGAAUAAUCUAAAUCAAGAAAUAAAAUGUAUUCAAAUGAUAGGUAUCGUAUCCCUGCAACAUCCCCAGGCCGUCGAUACUCUGAUCAGAGAAUGUUGUCUGGCAGUAGACUUCCUCCAGACCCCAGAGAUAGCAUCAGACCUCAACCAAGGGAGAGGAGAAGUUUGGAGAGUGAUCGAAGAGGAAUUGAAAUAGAUAGAAGAGAUCGAAAUGAAUCAUUAGGUAGACGUAGUCAAGAGUUUGAUUAUAACCAUGGCCGUCAACCUGAGAGACGAGAUUUUGAGAGAAAUAGAAUGGAAGAUGAAGGGAAAAGGAAAAUGGCAGAAGAACUGAAAAUACGAGAACAACAACUAGCAAUAACGAGCAACCUUUUACAGAAACAAUCUGAAAUGUUGAAAAACAUAGAAGCCAAUAUGAUGGCCCGAAAUCAACCGGGUCCUUCCCCAAUGAUGGGGAGAAAUAUGGUACCUCCACGGCUACAUAUGGGUCCAAUGGACAGGAGACCGGACACCAGAUCACCGAGAAGAAAGUUUGAAUUUAACAAUGAUAUGGACAAGAGUAGAUAUGAUGGUCCUCCACCAAAAAGAUUUAAAGAAAUUGAGCAGGGAGAAAGAAGUAAUUGGAAUAAAGCAGUUCAGUCUAGAGGAGGCAGCCAUAUGAAAGGAGGUCCAUCCCAAGGCAAAGUAUGCAACAUUUGCAAGAGUCCAAAUCAUUUUGCUAGAGAUUGUUCUGAUAAUACUAUGAUUGAUAAUGGAAAAGUAUGCAACAUUUGUAAGAGCCCAAAUCAUUUUCAGAGGAGUUGUCCUCAAAAUUCACUAAAGGAUCACUUUUCUGGUCCUAAACAUGAUAUGAAAAGACCUCCUGUGGGUUUGAAUAACAAGCCAUUUGGAACAACUUCAAGAUUUGCUGGUACAAGAGGAGGCAGACGUCCUUUUCAAUCUGAUCGCUUCAGGGGAAAAUUUGCAGGAAAUAAUAACAUAAGAAGUUGUAAAAUAUGUUCUAUACAUGGUAUUCGUGAUUUUGAAACACAUAUCAAAACUCCAGAACAUGCUAGAAUGUUUGAUUUGUGUAAAGCAGGAUGUAAACUAUGUAGUAAGAAGAGAUACAACUCAAAACCUCAAUAUGAAAAACAUCAGGUGUCAACUCUUCAUAAAGCUGUAGGUAUUUCUCAAUCAUUUAUUAUCAAAAUAUUGGUUAGUAAGAAGAAACUGGUAGUAGAAUCUAAACUGAAGCCUUAUUCUGCCUCUAACACAUCAGGAGUAGAAUAUGUGGUACCAGUUGCAGGAUUUUUCUGUAAAUUAUGUAAGAAGUUUUAUAAUAAAGAAUCCUAUGCUAAAGAUGAUCAUUGUAAAACCAAAGCACAUUAUGAUAAAGUUGCUUCUAUGAUCGGAACAAAGUUUGAGACUGCUAUUGGAGCCAGAUUCCAGGGCCUUAAAGAUAAAUUGUCGUCUGGCGAAACUGACCAACAACAACUGGAGAGAAAACUGAUUGAAGCAGUAAGAAAAGCAGACUUUGUGACUGAUUUAAAACCAAUACCCGAUCCAAAGAAAACUGUAGCUCCUAAAACACCUGCUGCUACAACUGAAAAGACUACAGAGGCUGAAAAAGCUCCAGAGGACACUGAAAAGCAUGGAGAGACUUCAAAGGCUCCUGCAGAAGACACAGUUAAGACUGAAGAAGAGGAUAAGACAGAAGAGACAUCGGAAGACACAAAAGAGACUGAAGAUGAAUCUGAAGAAAAGCCAGCAGAAGAUGAUGGUGAUCAUGAACAUCCUGAUGAUCUAGAGAUGGAAGUUUUGGAUGAUGCUGGUGGAGAUGAUGCUGCUGGUCCUCACUGAUCUGUGUUUCCACUCGAUCUCCUUUUAGUAAACUAUUAUUGUCAGGGCACAACUGGUAUCAUACUUGUAUAUCCCAAAUCAGAAUUUUUAUGCUGUAAAUAUGCUGUGUAUUUAAACAAUGGGACUAAUUGUUGGUAUAUACCUCCUUGUUUGUGAUGCAGAUUGUGACUUUGAAAAUAAUCUAGUCAUUUGAACUGGAUGAAAAAAUUGAGGCCCCAAGCUUGUGCUUUAGAGAUAUGUAAACACUUAAAAAAGAUAAGGAAGAUGACAUGACUGUCUCACAUCUAAGUUCAUUGAAAUAGUAGGAUGUAAAUCUCCACUCUAUUGUUUUAUUGUACUUAUUGUGUUAUUAAAGUUAAAUAAGUAAUUGUGUAAAAUGCUUAUCUCAGAUUUUAUAUUUCUUUAAUGUUGAUACGGAAAAUUUAACAUGUUCUGUAUGGAUACAGGGAUUUUUAUUGUUAUUUCUAAGCCUUGAGUAGGUUUGGUUCCUCAUGUUUAUGAAUUUUUGAAAAUUUACAUGAAAUUUGUUAAACAUAAAUGUCCAGAUUUCUGUGAAAUUUGUAUUAAUGGAAUAUUUUCAGAAUAUUAGAUCAAUAACUUGGAUGUAAUUCUGAUGUAUUAUCAGCUAAUAUGAAAUUAAAAUGUUGAAUAUUG